AUGGCGUACGGACAGCCGGUAUCUGGACAAUCGACAGCUGUGUCAAUUGCAAUGUCCAUUCUUGGUCAUAAAACAAGCAUUGGUGGUACGUGCAGAGCAGUUUUAAAUCGAUAGCUUGUAUAGUGAAAGCAAUGUACUUUAUUCAUGAAAGCAUUUAUACUUGCAUGCAUGGAUUUAAGAAAUUGCCAAUCUUGUCAGUUUUUCAGUUUUGCGGUUGGUAUACUACCAUAUACCAAAGUAAACCCGUGCAGUCAGUAUAAUAUGAUUUAAGUCACUACGCACAUCCAGUUUUCUAUUUCAUUUUUACUUCCGAUUCCAUUCUUUGAUGUAGGAUAAUAUGCGUAAUAAUUUAUAAACGCUGAUGAAUCGCGCUAACUGAUGUAUGACCAUAGUGUAUGACGCUGUUUGUUGUACCGAUUUGCAGUACGCGUGUUAACUACUGUAUAUUUAUUAUAUGGCAAGCAUCACUUCCGGUGAAAUGGCGGACUGUGAUUGACUGAGAAGCACUUUCAGCUAGCGGUCCAUUAUUUGCCGUAAUGGACCGGCGGUCCAUUACGUAAAAUCAAACACAUGCAUUUUAAUACAAAACAUGCAGCAAAACUAUAAUUGAAAACUUGAAAAUUAUAUAUAAUUUAAUGUGUUGAUAUUUUCUUGUGUUGGUGUAAUGUAUUCAGGUGAAUAAGAUGCUUGUGAUGUUACUCUGAAUGUAUAUCCACACCGGGCAGGCUUGAAAAAUAUGCCUGGCCACGGUUGGAAUCGAACCUACUGUACGACCUUUGGAAUACUAGCCCAAUGCUCUGCCAACUGAGCUACACGGUCAGGUCUGUUCGAGUAUGUGAUAUUUCGGAACUGAGUCUAGUUCCUUCGAUAUCUAUGUAAUCUAGUAAUCAUGAUAUUUUCUUGUGUUGGUUAAUAGGGGAUAAUCACUGAUGACCCAUUUUCUCGGUGUUUGGCAAGUUUUUUGCUUGGGAACUUUUUGUGGAAGUUAGAGCUGGGCGCCGGAGUGCCGGACCCGGAGCUCCGGCAUAUUUUGCCGGAGCCGGAGUUGGAAAACUCCGGCAAAAACUCCGGCAGACAAAAUUAUGAAAAAUUAUUUCAUAUUUCAACAAACAUUUGGCAUUAAAUGGGAAAAUUAAGUUGUUGUUUACUAAUAUAUUAUUAUUUAUAUGUUGUUUUACUAUAUAUUACUAUGUGGUUUACUAUUAAUAGUGUUUUAAAAAGGUUUUUAAAAAAGAUAAAUUCUGAAAUUACACUGAAAUACUUUCGCCUGCUUCCACUUUUAAAUAUGGAAUUUCCUUAAAAAUUUCUUGCCGGACCCGGACCCGGAGUUUUGACUGCCGGACCCGGAGCCGGAGUUAAAAUAGCCGGAGUUUGCACAGCUCUAGUGGAAGUCGAGUAUCCAUGGUACUAUGCAUUGAAUCACAGAAAAUCUAUUCCCCAAGGGGUUGCAACGAAGCGAAAUAAUUUUGGCCAACGGCCCAUGGCCUAAGGAACUGGUCAUAAAGUAACUGCUAGGGUGGGCUGGAGGUAAAUCACAAAUUUUGCCAAUACGUUCCGUGACCCAUCUUAGGAUGUAAAUAAAACCUUCAAAGCCCAUCUAAUCUUACAAAAGAUUUUUCAUGACCCACCCAAUCUAAAUUGGGCCAAUACACUUUUAUAAUAAAAAAAAAACUUGCAUGUAUGAACAUUGUAAAUAUACACGGAACUGUAUUGACAUACAUAAUUCCACCAAGCUUGAUCAACACGUUGAUACUGAGCUGCUCUCCAGUUGGUUGUAUUUGCUGCAGGACUCGAAUUUCCCUGAAAUCAAUCGACGGCAAUGGCGUUAAAAAUUGCCGUAGAACGUAACAGCUGUAUACGGCAAUCCUGACAGUUUCCACGGCAUUUUUCCAAUUACUGUAAUAAAACUUUAAUUUUAUUGUUACUUUGGAUUUAUGACAAGCUAGAAACACGACUACGUAUUUCUUUAGUUGUUUUUUUUUCGAAGAAAACUGAGACUAAAAUAAUGAUUUACGCAUGAUUUGAUCAACAUCUGAAUUCAAGAAUCAAAAUAGUAAUGCACAGUGAAUAGUAUAACAAUUGCACUAUACGGCAAAAAAUUGCCGUCGUUGCCGCAAUGAUCCACGGCAUUUUGUUCUCCCUCUACGGCAAUUGCCGCGAUUGCCGCGAUAAAAUUCGAGCCUGAUUUGCUGUGAUUCGACCACUUCUUCUUGUUGUUGUAUAAACAAAGUACUGGCUUCAAUAGCAUCAUUUGGAUAGUUUUGUUUACUUUUAUUAUUAAUAUCUUUAUUUUUUGAAGUAGACAUGCAUGGGUUUUUGUUUGGUGGACAUACAACCGACCGUGGACAUACAAAAACAUUGGCGGCCCAUCGAAACUUCCUAAAGAUUUUCCAUGGCCCAUCCCAAAUCACUCCAGCCCACCCUACCAGUUACUUUAUGACCGGUCGCUAAAUCUCUGAAAAUCAUAAGUUUUGUUAUAAAUGCGGCAAUCCAUCGCCUGGUGAUACUGGUUGCUCGUCAAAGGCAAUUCCAAAGCCACAGUCUUCGGCUAGUGAUGGCAAAUUAAAGUCCAUAGGCACAGAUUCAACGCCAACAUUUGAGGCAUUUCAAGCGACAAAUAGGAAAGAAAGGACAUCUAAUUUUAGACCGAAAGGAAAUACGGUGUACUCACUGGUUAGCACUAUUUUCCAUCCAACAAACUGACCUGACGUCAUUUUCGUAAGAUAGAAGAGGUGUUAAAUGGCUAUGUAACUAACCCAAACCCUACCCCUACUUCUAACCCCUAACCCAAACCUCAACCCUAACUAACACUAACCGAAUUAAUAAAAAAUCCAAAAAGAAACGACUUUACAAAAUCGAUAGGGCGGUUUGCUGGAUGGAAAAAAGUGCUAACCGUACUCACUGUACUGGUGUAUUGAUCGCCGAUGUUUCCAUGCUAAUAUUUUGAAAUGUUUUUUCGAUUUCGAUUUUUGUUGUGAUUAUAUUGGAAUGUGUUUUCAAUAGUUUUGUUUUCAAGUGUGAAAUGUGUUGUGAAUAUUGAAAUGUGUUUUGAACAAUUAUUGAAUUGUGUUUCUAGUUUGCAAAUGUGUUGUGAACAUUGAAAUGUGUUUUGAACAAUUAUCGAAUUGUGUUUCCAGUUUGGAAAUGUGUUGUGAACAUUGAAAUGUGUUUUUAGCAAUUAUUGAAUUGUGUUUCCAGUUUGGAAAUGUGUUGUGCACUUUGGGGGGUGUUUUUUUUUAAAUUUGAAAUGUGUUGUGAUACUUCUGGGGCAGCGUACAUUUGUAUGUGUUUUUGCAAUUUCUAUAGAAUUAACGUCAGCUGGCGCCUUGAAGUUGACCAAAGGACGAACACUUCCGUUUUGGUGGGACGAUGCGUCUGAUUUCUCCGUUUUAGAAGAAUUGGCAGUUUCUUCAUACAACAAC